CCCUCCUCAGUUCUUCAGUAUAAAUUACAGUCCCAGGACUCUUCACUUCACCAACACUCUCUUUUUAUUUUCUUAAUCUCUUGGAUUCUGCUGAAAUAUUUGAAGCCUUUUAUUCAACUUCUUGCUCUCAGAUCUCUCAAGCUCCACAGAUAAAAUGAAGAAAGUAGUGUUGAAAUUGGAAGUAUACAACGAGAAGUCUAAGAAGAAAGCCAUGAAGGCCGUGUCGGGGCUUGAAGGGCUUGAUUCAAUUUCCAUGGAUAUGAAGGACAAGAAGUUGACGGUCACAGGGGACAUAGAUCCGGUGGAGUUGGUGGCAAGAUUAAGGAAGCUUUACCAUACUGAGAUACUCUCAGUCGGACCGGCAAAGGAGGAGAAGAAGAAGGAGGAGCCAAAGAAGGAGGAGCCAAAGAAGGAGCAGCCGAAGAAGAAAGAUCCAAAGGACGAAUUGGCUGAGAUUAUGAGGGCCUACCAAGCUCAGUAUCCUCCAAUGCCUACAUAUUACUGCGUAAGAAGUGCAGAAGAGGAUCCCAAUUCUUGUGUCAUUUGCUGAAUGGUUGGUAAAAUUUUAUUGACAUGCAUGGUGUUUUUCAAGAGGAGAAAUCAGAUGUACAGUACUACAGCGGGUAAAAUUCGAUAGAGUAAUAUGUGGUUGGUGUUGGUUUUCUAUGAUCGAGAAGUCUCUGGUAUUUUUGAUGUACUAUUUUGUAUUUUUCUUUUGGUGUGGCCGCCAGACUUGUCGUCAGAAAAACUGAAAUGUCUUUAUGAGUCUUCUCAACUUCUGAAAGAAAUGAAUAACCGUGAUUUGCCACCA